GUUGUUGUCAAGUUUAUGAGUAAGCUAGCGACAUUUAGCGUUACAACAAAAACAUUUAGUUCGUUCUUAUCAGUCGUAAAAACUUGUUAACAACAAACUAGGAACGUUAGCGGUUAGCAAACUGUUUUUAGACGAGCUAACGUUUUAAUUCAUUCUCCGUUGACACCAAUAACCGAGGACCAUGAGACUGGGAUCCAGCAACACAAAUUCAAGGAACAGCUCUGAUACCCGCCGGUACCGCAUGAGGGCCCCCACCUCUCAGGUGGAUGAAACCCUGUUUGGGAGUCCAAAACGGCUGUUACCACAGUUUGACAAAGGUGGAAACUCAGCUUCCAAUGCUCCAAAGAAUCAGUCCCAGAAGAUCCAGGAAGGAGCGACUGUUCAAAUCGUCACCAAAGACCUCAUUCGCAACAUCAGGAUCCCAUUCAAGGACCCUUCAGGAGAGUCCAUCAUUAUACCAUCAGCUGAGUUUGAGCGGAUCACCUCAACGUCCCGUGUUCUCACCAAGGAGGAGAGGGAGGUCCUGAGGGAGGCUUAUCAAAGAAAGAAAGAAGAGGAAGUUAGAGCUGCAGAGGAGAGGAAGCAACAAAUCUUUGAGGCAGACCUGUCCCGUAAGGAGAACCAGGCACUGACAGAGCUGGAGCUAGAGGCCCGGGACCGUGCCCAACGCUUGGUGGAGCGGGCCAACGCUUUAAGGAUGGAGCAAGAGUGUGAGAUUAAAAAGCUCAACAAGCUGAUUCUGGGUGCUCAUUGUCAAGCCACACGUGAUGCCCAGCUCAAUGAGAAGAAGCAGAUCCAAGCAGAGCUGUCGGAGGAGGAGAAGCGUCUGGAUGCCAUGAUGGAAGUGGAGCGCUGCAAGGCCUUGGACACUGUGGAGCAGAUUGAUGAGCUGCGCAAACAGCAGAGAAUCGGGGGAAUGCAGAAGAUUUACGACCAGAUCCAGAAACAUCGGGAGGACAAGCAAGUGCAAGACGAGAUAAAAGAGCAGGAGAGACAGCAGAUACGAGAGAAGCAAGAGGAAAUGAACCUGGAAGACUUCAAGGCUCUGGAGAAGAAGAGGGAGGAGCAGCAGCGUCUGCAGGAAGACAUCCUGCGCAUUAAUGCAGAGACCAUGCAGGCCAAGGAGCGGAGGAGAGAGGAGGAGAAGCUGGCUGACAUGAGAGAUAUGGAAUACAUACAAAACAAAAUGGGACGGGAGGCAGAAUAUGAAGCAGAGCAGAAACGAAUCCACAAGGAGAAGGAGUUGGACAUUGCCAGGCUGAGGGCCCGGCAAGAAAAAGCAACAGACUACAAGGCAGAGCAGGAUGAGGUCCGUGCUCGUAGGAACCAAGAAGCCACAGAGAGAGAAUGGAGGAGAAAAGAGAAAGAGCUCGUUUCAAAGAAAGCGCAGGAGGAAGCGAUGCUGAGGGCGGCUCGCUCGGAGCAGGUUCACUGCAAAGAGCACUUCCUGUCGAUCGAGGCUGGCCGGGAGAAGGCGGAGUUUGAAAGGGCGCUAAAGGUGCAACAGGAAGCCAUCAUCAAACUGAAGGAAGAAGAGGACAAGCAGCGGCAGAAAGCAAACCGUCACGCGGAGGCCAUCCGGAGUCAGGUGAAGGAACGUGAGCUCUCAGCUGUAGCUAAGCGCAGAGAGAUCUUCAAGGAGGCGGAUCGGUUGGUCGAGGAAGCCCGGCAGAGACGCGUGCGCCUCGAUGAGAUCAAAGACAAGAAGCUGAAGGAGCUCAAGGCGACUGGGCUCUCUGAGAAGUACUGCAGCGAAGUGGAAAGGAAGGCCCGGGCCUGUGCACUCUGAUUCACUCACAACUGGAUUCAAAUGGUGCAAAGUCAUCACAUUUUACGGGGUUUUUAUUUAAGUAGGAAGAACACAUUUCAAGUAUUAAUGUAACUUGAACAUAUAUACGAAUGUACCAAUAAAGGUUGUAUUGCACUUUA